AUGCCUCGAGCUGAUGGACCAUUUGAGGUUGUUGGAGUCAUUGGAGAUAGUGCUUACAAGAUUGAUUUACCAGAUGAAUAUGGAAGUUCUGCUUUCAACCGAUUUGACCGUCAUAGGCCUCCUACUUAUGAUGGUGUUGCUGACCUUGUGGCUCUGGAGAAUUGGUUAAGGGAAAUGGAGAAGCUCUUCACGGCAACAAACUGCCCUAUUGCUGAAAUGGUACCUAUUGGGACGUACUACUUGAAGAGAGAGGCUGAUAAUUGGUGGGGUACGGUGAAGGCUGCAUGUAUGGCUACUGCUGGAUUUGGGUGGACUCAGUUCUCCGCCAAGCUGAAGGAGAGGUUCUACCCUGAUGAGUUGCGCUGGCAAAAGCAGGAAGAGUUUCUAUCUCUAACUCACGGGAAUAUGGAUAUCCAAAAGUACACCGACCGCUUCACCGAGCUGUCUAAGUUUGCUGGUACUGUCAGUCCCACAGAAGCUGAGAGGGUUAAGAGAUACAUAAAGAAGAUGGAUCCUAGGGAAGAAGAAGUUGUUAAGGUUGCAUCUGUGAGGAAGCCUGUCCCAUCUGUUGCUCCUGGUCCGGCUAAGAAGCCGAGGUUUGAACCAAAUUUCCGUGGUGGAUAUCAAGGUUCCAGUUCUAGGCCGAGUUUUGAUCUGUCCAAGUGUCGGAGGUGUGAGAAGCCUAAUCAUCCGGGGAAGGAUUGUGAUGGAUCUGCUAUCGUUUGCUUCUACUGUAGGGAAGCGGGUCACAAGAGUUAUGAGUGUCCUAAGAAUCCAAGGGCUAUAGCUAAACGUCCUGCUACUUCUAGUCUUUCUACUCCACCGAAGAAUCGAGUUUACAGCAUGACUCAUUAUGACGCCGAUGUUCAUCCUGACAUCAUCUCUGGUACCUUUCUUGUUAAUUCAGUCCCUGCUUUUGUGUUGUUUGAUUCUGGUGCUUCCGUGUCAUGUGUGUCUAACUCUUUUGCCAAGAAAGCUAACCUGUCUUCGAGUUCUCCUCUUCGAACUCUUAUAUCUUUGCCUUUUGGUGAGAACUACCCUUGUUUUGCCGAGUAUCGUGAUGUGCCUAUUUUCAUGUUGAGUACUAAUCUUUCUGCCGAUCUCAAGGAAUUCUCCAUCAUUGAGUUUGAUGUCAUCCUGGGUAUGGAUUGGUUGUUUAAGUAUCGUGCUCAGAUUCAUUGCCGCGAUCAAAAGGUGACUCUUCGUAGUCCAUGUGGCAAGCGUAUCUCCUAUAGUGGAGUGGUGUUGAAGAAAGGGAUAAAGUUCGUGUCUGCUCUCAAAAUGCAAAAGCUUCGUCAGAAAGGAGAGCAAGUGUUCCUCUACAUGGUUAAAGAUUUGACUCAAGAGGUGAGGUUAGAGGACAUCCCCGUGGUUCGUGAGUAUCCGGACGUCUUCGCUGAUGAGUUACCAGGUAUCCCUCCCGAAAGAGAGGUCGAGUUUAGCAUUGACCUCGCUCCUGGUACUGCUCCUCUAUCUAAGGCCCCGUAUAGAAUGGCGCCUGCUGAAUUGUAA